GCAUCUUUAGCAAACACUUCAAAAUCCUCCGGACAAAUAAGAAUUGCUGGGAAAACUAGUUGGACGCGACAGGAAAACACGCUGCGCCAGACAGGCACUGAAGCAAGAGAUCCCGGGAAGAAUAAAACGGCAAAAUCCGGGGGGGGGUUCUGGUUUUUAUACCUGGAGCGGGAGCAGACUCGCCAUGGCCGGGCCGCUUCAGAAGCUCAUCUCAGUCGUCCCCGGGGUCUGGAUCUUGCUGAUGCUCAGUCGAUGCGCCCAGACCGGGUCGGUGGUUGGGCACAAGGAGCCAAUUCCCGAUGACAGCAAGGACAACAUUACAAUCUUCACCAGGAUUCUGGACAGGCUGCUGGAUGGCUACGAUAACCGGCUGCGACCCGGUUUGGGAGAAACUGUGACUGAGGUGAAGACAAAUAUCUACGUCACCAGUUUCGGCCCGGUGUCGGACACGGACAUGGAAUACACGAUCGACGUGUUCUUCCGUCAGAGCUGGAGGGACGAGCGGCUGAAGUUUGACGGGCCCAUGCAGGUGCUACCCCUUAACAACCUCCUGGCCAGCAAAAUUUGGACGCCUGACACCUUCUUCCACAACGGCAAGAAGUCGGUGGCGCACAACAUGACCACGCCCAACAAACUGCUGCGGCUGGUGGACAACGGAACGCUUCUCUACACCAUGAGGUUGACCAUCCACGCCGAGUGUCCUAUGCACCUGGAGGAUUUCCCCAUGGACGCCCAUGCCUGCCCACUCAAGUUUGGAAGCUAUGCAUAUACCAACAAUGAAGUGGUUUACAUCUGGACCAAAGGGGAUGAGCGGUCCGUCGCCGUGGCGGAGGACGGCUCGCGGCUCAAUCAGUACGAUCUGCUGGGUCACGUCAUCGGCAAGGAGACCAUCAGCUCCAGCACAGGAGAGUACAUAGUGAUGACAGCCUAUUUCCAUCUGAAAAGGAAGAUUGGCUACUUUGUCAUUCAGACGUACCUCCCCUGCAUCAUGACCGUCAUCCUGUCCCAGGUCUCCUUCUGGCUGAACCGGGAGUCCGUCCCAGCACGCACCGUUUUCGGUGUCACCACUGUGCUCACCAUGACAACCCUCAGCAUCAGCGCUAGGAACUCGCUGCCCAAAGUUGCCUACGCUACAGCCAUGGACUGGUUCAUGGCCGUCUGCUACGCAUUUGUCUUCUCGGCUCUCAUCGAGUUCGCCACCGUCAACUACUUCACCAAGAGAAGCUGGGCGUGGGAUGGCAAGAAGGAGGCGCAGGAAAUGAGGAGAAGGGAGUCGGCCUCACUCUCCAAAAAAGCCAACAACACGUUCAACAUUGUGGGAACGACCUACGCCAUCAACGUGGCCAAGGACCCGGGGUUGACCACCAUUGCCAAGAGCGCCACCACAGUACCCGUGAAGAUGCCCAAGGUGGAGGAGCACAUGGUGGAGGCCAAGAAGUCCUACAACCGCGUCAGCAGAGUGGACAAGAUAUCACGCAUCAUCUUCCCCGUCCUGUUCUUCAUCUUCAACUUGGCUUACUGGGCGACGUACGUCAACAGGAAGCCGAUCAUCAUGAGGUCGAACCCGCAGAAGUAAAUCCACGACAGGAAAACCCCACGAAGCAGAUUUCGAGCGACCAAGUAUCGCCAGCUACUUCCUAACGUAUAUGAGUUCCACAUUCUAUUCGCAAGAUUACAUAGGUUUAGGCAUAAACGAUGUAGAGUCACAUAAAUAUAUCUGGACGUUCAUUUGUCGUUUCGUUUAUUUGUCAUACGAGAAACCUCCAUUGGGUGUUUCGUUUCUGCCCUGGCUUCCUCUGACCUAGCUAGCAGCUGCAAAACAUGAAGGGGAACACUGUACUUCUGUUCUGUAAACAAGGCUUUUUUAUCAUUUGAAGAGACGUUCAAGUGCCGCAAUGUUACUCUGCCAACAGGGGGGCGCCUCAUGAGGUAUACCUGGGCAGAGCCCGCAUGGUUCCUGGGCGCCCUCCUCUGUAGCCAGCACUUAUAGCAGUCAGGCUGCCUGUAGAGAAGCUGUAGGAGCGUCCUCAGUAGCCGUCACCCUCUGGCCCGGCCCGGAGCCGUCGUGACGCCUGGAAUUACUUUCGUCUCCCGUGGACCCAUCUGUGUGUUUUCCGGUCCAGUGGUCCUCAUUGUGUUUAAACUCUUCAGCGUGCUCAGUGCAAAGAAGAGAGGGAGGGAGGGAGAGAGAACGAGAGAAAGAAAGAAAGAAAGAAAAAGAAAGAAAGAAAGAAAGAAAGAAAGAAAAAGAGAGUGCCUUUCUGAAUACCACAUCUAGAUCGAUCUUAGGCGUGUGUCGAUGUCUCUAAAGUUAGAGUAGUAUGUCCCUUCCGCUGGUCCCCACAAGACGUUACACACAUGUGGGGUGACCUCCAUUGAAAUUGCUCACUAAACACCCCUUUGACCCAAGUAAGCAAAAUAAUGCAUCAUGUAUAUUUUGGAUUAGUGCCCCAUACACAAUGAAUAGCAUUCAACGUCAACAUUAGACCUUUAUAUAUAAAUCCCUGCAGAAUAUGACCAAAUGAAUGGGUUGAUCGAGCACUAGCUGGUAUUUACAACGGUUAUGAAAUCCUUUGGUUCCUCGCAGUAUUCUUUACGCGCGUCCUAUGUUUUGGCAUAUUUAUCAGCAGUUUAUUAACUUUUGCAUGGUGCUGUGCUUUAUGUUUAAUUACAGCACGAGAAAACCACGGCGUCAGUCUUUAUGUGGCAUGAGUUUUCUCUGCUUUUCUUCGUUUUUCUCUGCAUUUUCGUUUAGGCAUCUUAAAGCCGUUAGUUGACGAUGUCCUUUUAUCGGGCGUGCUACGCGUAUAUAUGCAGCCAAACUGCAUUGACAGAACACUGUAGCUACUCUUUAAUGAACGGUUCACCUUUGUGGAUGUCUAGAAGUAUGUGUCGUUAGUCGGGCUUAUAUUUUCGGGGUAGAUUAAAUAACAAAGGACCUUGUUUUUUGUAGAGUGUAGCAUCACCGAGUGAAACCAGGACUCCACAGGAUACCGCUGCAUGCAUGUAUCGAGUGUUUGUGUUUGUUUGUUUCUUUGCACGGUGUCCAAAUCGUACUUUGCUAGGCCUGCAUCCUGCUCAUGCGAAGGUGACCUGUGUUUCAUCCGUAGUGCGUGAAGAAUACCCAGCGGCACAUCCACGCCGAGUGGUGAGGGCCAGACCAUCCGUAAAGGCCGUCUUCCGUGCAUUAGGCGAACCUCUUCUGCCAGGUCCACACACUGCCGGCCUUUUCUGCAUUUUAUACCAAAAGGAAUGAGAUUUCUAAGUGCUACGGUUAGCGAGCCGCUUCAGAUGAGAGUAUAAUCAAGCUCUCGCCUUUGAUGCCAGAGGUAGUAUUCCGUCGCAAGUAAAUCUGGUUAACAUUUGUUGCAAAUUGUGCUCAUAUUGUACGUUUUAUCUCAGUUAAAACAUUUUUUUUCCUAAACUGAAAGGUAUGCAGCUGACAGGCGAUAAUGUGCGCUAAUCAAGAGAGUCACCAACAGAAGGGCAGCACAGAUAGGGUCACAGUGGUUGCUACAUGCAGAACGUGUGUUUUCUGCUUCUAAAUCAGCCAAGACGGCAAGCCCACCUGCAUCUGCAUAAACUUCCAGAACAUUCUAGGAGUUCCGGCCAGCCUCCCACACGAGUAUUGCGGCUUACGUAGCGAUCUCGCUCGACCUUUCCUUUUAAAAUCGCAAUGAGAAGUACAGCUUGUCUCGGUACCUGAGAACUGUGCGGCUUUUCUUUUAUGCCAGACAAAAAAAAAAAAAAGAGACGAUCAUGGUCAUGUUGUGAA